UCCCCCCGUUUCUUGUUCCUCCUCUGUAUAGGUGAUUUAUUUAUUUUUUGCACACCAACAUAUUCUGUCCGACUUGCUGUAGAAUGGAUAGAGGUUCUUCAGGUGUGGCCUUUCUUUUAUUAAUAUGCUCCUAUAGCAACUUAUCAUUUUCAGUUUUUAUGAGAAAAGAAGAGGCAAGCCAAGUUUUGAGGAUUCACAAACGUGCCAAUUCCUUUUUGGAAGAGAUUCGUCCAGGAAACAUGGAGAGAGAAUGCAUUGAAGAGAAGUGUUCAUUUGAAGAAGCAAACGAGAUUUUCAAAUCACGGGAAAAAACGAUGGAGUUCUGGUUCAAUUACAAUGAUUUAAACCCCUGUGAAGAGAAUCCCUGUAAGAAUGGUGGAAUCUGCAUGGUUAAGCACUAUCUUUAUUCCUGCAUUUGUCCACCGAAGUUUGGAGGGAAUCAGUGUGAAAUAGAGAAGUCUGAAUGCUGGUACAAGAAUGGUGGCUGUUGGCAAUAUUGCCAGGAUACUGAACAGUCACUCCAUGUGAUCUGCUCCUGUGCAAUGGGAUAUACACUAAAUGAAGAUGGGAAGAGUUGCAUACAAUCAGAUCAAUUUCCCUGUGGACUUGUGAAAAAAUCCACCCGUUCUCUUGAGGAAACAUCAGCUGAGCAGAACCAAACUUAUACUUGGAAUAUGACUGAGAUGAACGAAACAAUAGCUCAGGAGGAGGACACGGCCAGUUGGAACCAGACAUGGGCACAAGAAGACUCAGCAGAGUGGAACCAGACUGUAGUGCUGGGAGGGAUCAAAGAGGGGUUUGAAGGGAACUUCACAGAAGAGGAUCUAUACAGCCGGCUAGACACCAACUCUAAUGAUCCCAGGAUAGUUGGAGGCUCAUUCUGCCACCCAGGAGACUGUCCCUGGCAGGUACUGCUCCAAAAUAAGAGAGGUGAUGGUUUUUGUGGGGGCAGCUUAAUCAGUAGCCAGUGGGUGCUCACAGCAGCACAUUGCCUCGAUACCAUUGUCCCACAUCAAGUCACUGUAGGGGACUUUGACAAACAUCAGAGAGAAAAGGAUGAGCAAAAGGUGAGAGUGCGACAGUACUGGCAGCAUCCCCACUAUAACUCUGAGAACUACAACAACGACAUUGCUUUACUCCAGCUGACCAGCAAUGUCGUCUUCAGCAAGAACGUCAUUCCUAUCUGCCUUCCCAGUCCUAACCUAGCCACGUUACUGCUAGAAGAUCGGACACAGGGACUGGUGAGCGGAUGGGGGGCGACUCAUACCAAGGGUAGGUCAACCCGUUUUCUCCUGAAAGUCAGGUUGCCCCUUGUCAGCCUCGAGACCUGCAGGCAAUCGACGGAAAAGCUCAUUACUGACAACAUGUUCUGUGCAGGCUAUGCCAACGAGGCCCGAGAUUCUUGUACAGGAGACAGUGGGGGGCCUUUUGCUGUAUCUUAUCGAAACACUUGGUAUUUGCUGGGGAUUGUCAGUUGGGGGGAAGGCUGUGCUGAAGUGGGCAAAUACGGAGCCUACACCCGCGUAUCCAACUACAUUUCAUGGAUAAAAGAAGUCGUUGAAAGUGAGACUGAUUCUCCAGGAUUUUUACAAGCCCUGUAAUGGAAGACAUUUCUUAUAAAAGAUACUGGGGCUCUUUAUAUGAGUAGCCCUACCUGAGUAGGGGUGCUCAUGUGGAGUGCUGGGAUUUGGCCUAAUCCCAGCACUACCCCACCGGGUAACCAAACUUUUUUUUUUAACCUUUUCUUCCUGGGCUAGUGCAAAUACUAGCAAAUACUGGGGUGGAAGGGUGCUAGUGCUCCCAGGUGGCCUAGAGCAGGGUUUCUCAAUGUGUGGGGCCCCAGAUGUUAUUGGACUUCAACUCCCAUAAUCCCCAGCCCCAAUGGCCUUUGGUUGGGAAUUAUGGAAGUCCAAUUACAUCUGGGGACCCACACAUUGAGAAUCCCUGGCCUAGAGCACGCGGCAGUGGGGAAAUCCCCCAGUACAUCAUGCUCCUUGUGUGGUGCAUUGUGGGUGGCCACAGCCUGCUUUCUCUUCACCCUCUCUCCAAUCAGUGAGUGCUCACAGCCCCGGUCAUGUGGGUGUGUGGUGUGAGCAAUCACCGAACGCUGUGGAUUGUGUGGGAGAAUCCCACCCCACCCCCAAUGCAGAACAUUUGUGAGAAGAACCUUACUUUUUGUACGAUUAAUUAUAUGCAAACAUUUGAUGGCACCAGUUACCUUCCAGAACUGCUUUCUAUGAGGUGAUGUAAGCCACGCCAGCAGUCAAAAGUAUAACACGUAAAAGGGGUUUUAUAGACUUACCUACCUAUGAAAGAAGCAUGGGCUUCUUUCAUAGGUAGAUAAGGAAUAGGUAGAUAAGAGCAGCAAGGAAUAGCCCUGUUAACUGACUGGCAAAUUAUUUGCUGUGGAAGAAUCUUUAAAGGAGUUAAAGAGAAGAAUCUCCUGCCAAUUUAGUUUGUAUGAUGAAGCAGCAUCUUACAGUAAUUAAUUUUUCUAAACAACUCUUCUUCCAAGCCCGCAGCAUAUAUCUGGAUAACGCCAAUUUGCAGAAAUACAAGUUAGCAAUCAGGAUGUGUAAGUGGGAGGGGGGGAUCUAAAGCCAUCAUGGCUGAAGGGGUAUUGCUGUUAAUAUCCUGUAGUUUAUAUCUCAUUCUUCAAGUAAAAUGAGGAACAAAGAACUGUCUGCCUUUCCUAUUAUCUGCAUUGCCCCCAAUGAAAGUACUGACUGAACAUUUUAAAUAUUUACACAAUUUUCAAAAGUUUGGGACUCAUUUGUUUUUGAACUUAAGAGCCCAUUCUUGGCCAUUUAUGUUAAGUAUGGGUAAGCCUUGACUUAUCAGAGGUAAUGAAUGAGGUACCCACUUCAAAUUAUUAAUUGCGUUAUAUAUUAGGCCCCUGCAAAGUCAGAUCAUGAAUGUAAGAAUUCAUCAGAAAUGUGCAAAACCGGUUAAAAACCUGACAUUUCCAAUCUGCCAUUGACUUCCCAAUAUAGGAUCAAAAAUAUCCAAUAUGAUGCCAGAAAGUUUGAAUUCAUGUUGGGAGUCAGGCCAGAAGUACAAAAUGGCAGAAACUGCCAUUUAAAAACCUUCAAAAAACAGAAUUUCUCCAUUGCAGAAGCACAGUCAGUAAAGUGAAAGUACUGUUUCUGUUUUUGUGCUUAGAAAGAAUCUCACUUUCCCUUCUAGCCAUUAAGGGUUUAAAAGGUGUGAAGUCCUUUUAAAAAAGUCUGCCUGUUCCAACCAUUCUUAACCACCCUGUGUCCCAACUUUCAGAGCUCCUGGACUUGCCGUUUCCACCCCCUGGCAGUUUUCCUUCUGUUCCCAGUAGAGGUCUAGGGGGAUUUUCGCGGAGAAAAAAAAUCAGUGUUUUUCCCCAACCCUGACUUUGAGUGGUCAAAAAGGACCCAAACCAACAUCUUGGGGUUUUAGAUCCAACCCACUCAGAUAUUUGCAGUCAUACACAGCCCUAACAACUAGCGAUUCAUGUUGCUUCACCUUAAUUAGUGGCUGACAAGCUAUACAAUGUUAUGUGCAUGUUGCAAUGUAAUCUUUGUUGUGCUAAAUGCAAGAAUCUGCUAAGACUCCUUGUAGAAAGCUUUUGAAAUAAAAUGUACUUUCAGUAGAA